AUGGAAUCAGAAACCAUAACCGAUACCACCCUACCAAACCACCAAAAUGAGACCGAGAGAGAGUUCAAGAACAAUCAGAAACGGUACCAAGACCUAAUCUCCACCUUUGCUCACGCCAAAGGCUGGAGACCGAACGCUCCCCUGAUCGAGUACGGUGGUCACUGGAUAGUACAGCCUCUCCUUGAAGGUUGGCUUCACGCGCAAGACUUCUUCCAAGCGCGACCCAUUGACUUCUUCGUUUGUAGCUACCCAAAGUCAGGUACCACAUGGCUCAAAUCUCUAACCUUCACCAUCGCAAACCGAUCUCGCUUUGACGAUUCAUCAAACCCUCUCCUGAAACUCAACCCUCACGAGCUCGUUCCCUUCAUUGAGGCUGAGUUUCCUUUGUUCCCUCAAGAUGGCGAAGGGAACACUCUGUUCUCGACUCAUAUCCCGCACGGGUUAUUACCCGAGUCGAUCUCGAAAUCGGGCAGUAAGAUGGUUUACAUCUGGAGAGACCCAAAGGACACCUUUGUCUCCAUGUGGAACUUCUUCCAAAGGGAAAGAUCUGAAAAUGGCCCUCUCAAUAGUCUUGAGGAGUCUUUUGAUAUGUUCUGUCGAGGUUUCUCUUUGUAUGGUCCUUACCUAGACCAUGUCAUGUCCUACUGGAAAGCUUACCAAGAGAAUCCGGAGCAGAUUCUGUUCCUCAGGUACGAGACGAUGAGGGCUGAUCCUGUGCCGUACGUGAAGAGAUUGGCCGAGUUUAUGGGUUGUGGAUUCACAGCUGAGGAAGAGGAGAAAGGGAUUGUUGAGAGAGUUGUGGAUCUUUGCAGUUUCGAGUCGUUGAAGAAUCUUGAAGCCAACAAAGGAGAGAAAGACAGAGAGGACAUCAAAGCUAAGAAAUUCAGAGAAGACAUUCCUUCUGGCUUUUAUCCGAAUAGCGCUUAUUUCAGGAAAGGUAAGGUCGGAGAUUGGCAGAACUAUCUGACUCCCGAGAUGGCUGCUCGAAUCGACGGAUUGAUGGAAGAGAAAUUCAAGGGCACCGGUUUAUUUGAACAUGGCAACUGA